AUGACAGCUCAUCACUCGCCCACUGCCCUUACGCGCACUGAGACACUCAGCCUCUGGGCUGUCCUUGGCAUCAGUGUCGCAAUUCUGGUCAAGAUCCUCCAGGGUGAGGGUGAGCCGCUCUUUGCCUCCAUCGCCAUCAGCGGAGUGGCCUUCAGCGUCACCUAUGCCAUGAUCCGAUGGCUGGGCCCGACCUUCAUCAAAGCUGGGCUCAAGGGCAAGGACAUGUCCAAGACCAACCCCAAGGAGAUUCCCGAGUGUAUGGGCGCCAUCUGCGCUGUCGUCUACAUACUGCUUAUCAUCGUCUUCAUUCCCUUCGCCUUCUAUAAAGACAUAGUGGCCGCAACUAGUGGCGGUGGAAAUCGAGAUGUGGUAGUCCAGCGAGACUACAUUCAGAAGGGCCGGUUCCUGCACCGUUUCCCACACGGCAAGCUGGCUUCUUUCCUGUCUGCCAUCAUGGCCCUUCAAUCCAUCGCGAUCCUUGGCAUUGGUGACGAUCUCUUCGACAUUCGCUGGCGACACAAGUUUACGAUCCCUGCCUUUGCCGCGAUUCCUCUUCUGAUCGUCUACUUCAUCGACUUCGGCGUCACAUCCAUCGUCAUACCCAUACCUCUGCAGCCCUAUUUCGGCGAGCUGCUCGAUGUCGGCUUCCUCUACUACUUGUAUAUGGCGGGGUUUGCUAUCUUCAGCCCCAACAGCAUCAACAUCCUCGCAGGAAUCAACGGCAUCGAGGUGUCCCAGUCAAUCGUCAUCGCCAUGCUCCUCGUGCUCAACGACUGCCUGUACCUGCUGACACCGUACCCCCACCCGGCGAUGGACUCACAUCUGUUCUCGCUCUAUUUCCUCUUGCCAUUCCUCGGCGUGUCCUUCGCCCUGCUCCUCCACAACUGGUACCCGGCCAAGGUCUUCGUGGGCGACACAUACUGCUACUUCGCCGGCAUGGUGUUCGUCGUGGUUAGCAUCCUCGGCCACUUCAGCAAGACGCUGGCGCUGCUGCUCAUCCCGCAGGUCUUCAACUUCGUCUACUCGGCGCCGCAGCUCUUCCACUUCAUCGAGUGCCCGCGCCACCGCCUGCCGCACUUCAGCACCCGCACCGGCCUGCUCGAGCCCAGCCUGUGCCGCUGGACCCCGGACGCCGUCCAGCCCAAGCCCUACGUCGCCCGCGUCCUGCGCCUGCUCGCCCGCCUCCGCCUCGUGUACCUUAAGGAGGACCAGCACGGCAACUUUGUCGAGAUGAGCAACCUCACCAUCCUCAACCUGUGGCUCGUCUGGCGCGGCCCCAUGAAGGAGCAGCGCCUCGCCGUCGAGAUCACCGCCUUGCAGACCGUCCUAGGCCUACUAGGCCUAUUUGUCCGCCAUCGGCUGGCGCUCCUGGUGUUCAAGGAAGAUAACUGGGGAUUUCCUUCAUAA